AUGCUGCAGACACCGGAGAGCGACCUUACGAAUGCAAGGUGUGUGGGAAGCGGUAUGCGAGAAGAUCUCACUACUGACCUAUGCCGAUGCGAUAGCGACGUCCUACUGAGACAUUCAAGACGACAUCUACCAAAAGAUGACUCUGCGGCGGCGAAUCCGCAUGAUCGCGGCCAAGAUGCCAUAGUGGACCGUGAUGAUCACCGCGCACUAGAUGCAUACACAACACCCCAAGUCGAAGGGUUCGCAACACCAACCAUGGGCCAUGGUUUCGAGAGCGCCAAUGGCCAACAGCCCUGGCUCGGUAAUGAGGGCGCUUUUCAGCAUGGGCAUCUCAAUGGAAUGUCCCCACUCAAUGCAUUCGCUGUCGACCCAUCCUUGAUGAAUCCGCCCACAAAUGACUCUUCUGUCUACCAAACUUCCCCUUCGAUGGACCCUACUUCCGAUGGUGGAGUACCGUUCGCAUAUGGGUUCAACUCCGAGACGUUCUGGCAUGCGCAGCCAUAUUAUCAGGCAAAUCAACUAGAUAACGUCGAAGCCAAUGGACGCUCCGCCGAGAACCAUGUUCUCGAAAAUGAGAACGUCUACAGCUCCCACUCUCGACAUCCGAGUCUAAGUGAUGCAAAUGUUAGGUCGAGUUGGGAGAACAUCGAUCCAGAACUGAUGUCAGGUUGGAAUGGGGAAGAUGAAAGUGGUCAGGCUCCACUGAAUGGGGAUCCACAACGUUCUACUGAGACGUACAGCCACUGGUCUGUCAACAAGUGA